GUUGUUGACGCCCCGCGCACUGGCAAAUAAGCGCCCUGCCGCUUCGCUCGUAUGGAACUUGAGCGACAUUCACGCAGCAAAAACGAGAAUUCUGCACGCUAUGCACAGAAUGUGCGCAUAAUUUGGAUCUAUUAAUGCUCGCCUACUCUUUUUUGUGUUAGCUGUAGUGGCUGUAGUGGACUGUACGCCCUGCUGAUCAGUCCGUGGCAGCCUGCUAUCGAUCAUAAGCGCGUGAAAGAACCAAUUUGACUUCGAUAUGGCUGACACUGUGGCUGUUUGGGAAGUUCCAUUCAGUGACAAGAUACACAAGAUCGAGUUCGAACACGGAACCACCACCGGAAGGAGAAUAAUCAAAGUGGAUGGAAAGGAGAUCCUGCGACGCGACUGGAUGUUCAAGCUUGUCGGCUCGGAGCCCUUUGAAGUGGGUCGGGCGAAGUGCGUGGUGACGAUCAGAGCGUUGAGCGGCUUCACUUACGAGUAUUCGCUCAUCGUUGACGGCAAGCAACUGGACAAAUUUAGAGAGAGGCAAUCUAAAAUACUCAACACGUGGAUAGUAAACCUCCUGGAGCAACCGGCAAGGGUUGUCCUAGAGAAGGACACACUGGACAUAUACGUAAAUGGAGAAAAGGUUGAUGUUGUGCCAGAAUUUGUGGAUGGAGGAACCGAGACCCAUUUUCAAGUGGGACCCUACCAAGCUUACAUCACUGCAGCAAGCAGCGGAAGCAAAAAAGAAGGCAUUUUGCACACACUGGUUGUUGAAGGACACGAGAUUCCGAGCUGCACUGAAUGAACCAUGCCCCGCAGUUUGAUGAAGCACAGGUCACGCAGGAGUGCCUUCAGCACCACCCAGUCACGCAAAAAUUGACUGCAUGUAUCCUGUAUGCUGCUGCAACGCCCAUUAUUUGUUACUGUUGACUAGCACUAUUUGAAUGCCACAGCGACAGGCAAAUGCACAAGGAAACCGUCCAGUUUUAUUACGGUUCAGAAAAGCAGACAAGUUAUCGAAGGCAUUGUGUACAACAAAUGCCAUCGAAGUAGGCAUUCAACUAUCAAGUACAAAGCACAUUUAAAAAGCUGAUGUUAAA